ACAUAUUUGAAUGGCAGUUCUCUCAUCGUCAGUAGAGAAAUUUAUUGUGUGUUGCGCGGAUCUCUUGUCGAAGAUUAUUAUUUCAGUUUGAAAGCAUUUUCUGAGACUAUUUAUUUGUUUACUGAUAUGGCCAAAGGCGAAGGUGCGGAGCACUAUUCCAACGCGAGUCUGCUGAGCAAACCUGGCAGUCCAGAUGGCAUUAAACUAGCCGGCAAGCAUGAGACGAGGAACCGGUUGUCGGUGUGCAACAAGUUGUGCUACGCUGUCGGCGGAGCCCCCUACCAGAUCACAGGAUGCGCUCUCGGCUUCUUCCUCCAGAUCUACCUUCUGGACGUGGCCCAGCUGGACCCCUUCUACGCCUCCAUCAUCCUGUUUGUGGGCCGGGCCUGGGACGCGGUGACUGACCCCACGGUGGGAUUCCUGGUCUCCCGGAGCCCCUGGACUCGCUUCGGACGCAUGCUACCCUGGAUCCUGUUCUCCACCCCCCUGGCUGUCCUGUGCUACUUCCUCAUCUGGUACGUGCCCCCGUUUGAAGAUGGCAAGGUCAUCUGGUACCUGGUCUUCUACUGCCUCUUCCAGACCAUGCAGACAUGUUUCCACGUUCCCUACUCGGCCCUCACCAUGUUCAUCAGCGACGAACAGAAGGAGAGGGAUUCCGCCACAGCAUACCGGAUGACUGUGGAGGUUCUGGGCACUGUGAUUGGUACAGCCAUCCAGGGGCAGAUCGUGGGCAUGGCUAACGCGCCCUGCGUCCCCGUACUUGGUGAUGUCACCCUAAACGGAAACGAUUCCAACGCCACGUCCCUUCUGACGGGGUCAGAGGUCAACGUCACUCACCCCGUCAUCUCUCUGGACCACACGAAAACCGCCUACAUGAUCGCUUCUGGCAUCAUCUGUGGCAUCUACGUCCUCUGCGCCAUCGUGCUUGCUCUCGGGGUGAGAGAGAAGAAAGACUCAUGUCGUCCCAGGUCAGAGCCCAUGUCCUUUUUCCAGGGCAUCAGGCUGGUGAUGGGCCACGGACCCUACGCCAAGCUGGUGAUGGGCUUCCUGUUCACCUCCCUGGCCUUCAUGCUUCUGGAAGGGAAUUUCGCCCUGUUCUGCUGCUACACCCUGGGCUUCAGAAACGACUUCCAGAACAUUCUACUAGUCAUUAUGCUUGCAGCCACCCUGGCUAUUCCCUUCUGGCAGUGGUUCCUGACCAAGUUUGGAAAGAAGACAGCAGUGUAUUUUGGAACCUCGUCGGUGGUUCCCUUCAUGAUCCUGGUGGUGUGUGUGAAGAGUAAUCUGGUUGUCAGCUAUGUUGUGUCCUUUGCUGCCGGAGUGGGAGUUGCAGCUGCCUUUCUGCUGCCCUGGUCCAUGCUCCCGGAUGUGGUGGAUGAUUUCCAAGUGCAGAACCCCGACUCCCACGGCCAUGAGGCCAUCUUCUACUCCUUUUACGUUUUCUUCACCAAGUUUGCAUCCGGCAUGUCUCUGGGCGUCUCCACGCUCAGUCUAGAUUUUGCAGGCUACAUCACUCGAGGCUGCACCCAACCAGCAGCGGUAGAUUUAACCCUGAAGCUGCUGGUCUCCGCGGCACCCAUAGCGCUCAUCAUGGUUGGCCUGGUCAUCUUUUACUUUUAUCCAAUCGACGAGGAGAGGAGGCAGGGCAAUCGCAAGUUGCUGCAGGAGCAACGGGACAACUCGGACUCUGAAACAGACUCCACUGAGCUGGCGAACCUGGCUUAGGUCGCGCAAAGCUCUGGGACCAAUCGGGGGGCUGGAUGGCUGCUUAUGCCAGGGGUGGGACCAACAAAGACUGAACCUAACGGGAACCCUGGCGUCCAAUCACGAGGCUGCUGCCGCUCCUUCUCCUCAGACCCCCGUCUCUGACGACGGCGAGGGUCAUCGUCGACGUUCUCGAACGCCACGGCAACGACCAAGAACACACCAAGACCUUCCUUGGCUGAAGUUUUGCCUUUAAGUGCGAUGGACCAGUUUACCCCAUUGUGUUGUUGUUAUUGUGUUUUGGGUUAAAUCUCUAGUGAAUCCUACUAUUCUAUAUAGUGUGCUACUUUUUAGACAAAGUAGGGCAUUGUGUUAGGAGGGAAAGUGGGUCAUUUGAGAUGAAGACUCUGGUCUUUAUUGAAGUUGCACAAAAAAAACCCUAGAAAUGUGAUUGGUGCAGUAGUACCUGUUGGGUUAUUGCCAACUUUGGGUGCUUCAUACUGAAAUAGAACUGUUAGAUAUGCUGCAAUAGACAGACUUGAAUGGCCUUUAAUCUAGUAUACUGCACUUGGUCUCCACUCUAACCCACCGCGGUGUGUGUGUGUGUGUGUCUGUCAUCAGAAACUUGAAUGACCCUUAAAGGGUAUCACACCUGUGUUUCUUUACUUUUCUGGAGGGUUUCAAAACCACAACAGCUGAACAGUAGCAUAGACGCUUAGAUGUUUUGUCAACUUGAAUAUUUCUACCAACUUUAUGCUGACAAUUGAUUUCUGUCUGAACUUUAUGUUCAUUGCCUCAAUCGCAUCCACUGGUCAAACGUCUUUUGUUUUAACGUUGUAGAGGCUUCCAUGUUCUCACGAAAUGUAAUCGUAUUUCAUUAAUUGGUCCAAGACCUUAUGCUUAGUUCCCCUGCGAACCUCCAUGAACCACUAAAAAUACAUGCUAGCUAACAAGCUGUCAUAGCCACAAGUGUCCACAGAAAGUGUCUUCCUUACAAUUCAGUCUUUGACUCUACCUUGGGUAUAAUGACACCUUUCUAGUGACAUGCAUGGAUUCUUAUUUACAUAUUUAUUCGUUUUAAUGGUAGUGGGUGUACGGUUGCUGAAUCGUCAUGCUUGGUUAUUUAUCUCAUUAAGGAUUUAACACUGUUGAUGUUCAAUGAAUGAAGUAUGUUUUUUUUUUUUCAAAAGACUAAUGUCAGUAAACGAGUGUAUCGACAAAUGGUUUGAAUCAAAGUCAGUUUUGAAGCGGUUUGUGUGUAAGUCCUGAAUUUUGUUGCAUGUCUUUGCUUGUAGGUAUUAUAUCACCCCAACACUGUUCAGAAAAGGGAAAGCACAAAACGAUCCAAAAAGUAUUUUGAGGAUGGUGACAAACCGCAAUGGGUUGAAAAGUGUAUUGAAAAGUGAUGUGAAGAAAAUUGAAACAUUUGAUUAUACCUGGAUAUCUAUUAUAGUGCCACAGAAAGUCUAUGUGCAUUUUAUAUCUGAUCCAGAUAUGGAAUAUAUUCAUACAGUGCCAUAUGUAACACAUGCCGUUAUCUCCUAAAUGUGUUGACAAGGUGUCCAAGUUGUAGGGGGACAUGUAUUGUGUUUGAACAGAUAGUUUCUAUUUUCAUUAAACCAUGUCAUGUUACUGUCCCGAGAAAGUAAUUUGAGACGACAAGAUCGAUGCCAAGUUUCUAAAAGAAAAAAAAGGUAUAGGCUACACAUGAUAAUCUAAUGGUGACGUGUCAUUUUUAUCUUGUCGUUAUAAAUGUGUUUGAGACGUGUUCUCUUCUGACUCACUCUAGCCUUGUAAACUAUUGUGCAUAUGUAUAUAUUGUAUGUAAACUUGUAAAUAUCUUUAUUUGUGAAGCAGGUGAUGUUAUGUACUUAUGUACGUCGAUGUAGGCUAGUUAUUUAAACAAGAUGUUGAGGAUUAAAGUGUUUGAAUUUUGUUAAUAAAUACUAAUUCAUAUUGUAA